AUGCAGCUGCUGCUGUUUCUGAUGCUGCUGCUCGUGGCUCCGGUUCGACCAAGUGUGGAUGCUGGCGACCCACAAGGAGAUCAGAUUCCCGGACUCUACGAUCAGUGUGCCGCCGUGGCGAAGCUCCACGCUGACAACUUUGAUCACACAGUCAUCGGCUCCCGCCAGCCCUGGCUCAUCGAGUUUUACCUCAGCUGGUGUGGCGGGUGCAUCGAAUACAGCCCCACCUUCAAAGGCAUUGCUGGUAACUUGAGCACAUGGGGCGAAGUUAUUGCCGUGGGUGCCGUCAACUGCGCUGCUGACAACAACAAGGACCUUUGCGCCCGUUACCAAGUCACGGAUUACCCUACGCUCAAGGUCUUGAUCGAGUCGGACACACUUGAUAUAGCAGCAGAGGGUGUGUUUCCCGUGCUCAAGAGCAUCGCGUCCUACAUGACCAUUCCAACUGAGGCCAGAAAUCAACCCAAGAGUGCCCUUCGUGGGGCAACACACAUCACGGUGACCGGGGAUGCCCAACCUGAACUAGUAGACCUCGUCACGCUUGGCCUUCAAGCCUUGCGGCCGUCGACAUCCAUCACACAGACCCGUGGCGCCGGACCUGCCAGCGUUCUCGUUACCACCACCGAUGCUGGGCGAGACCGGGCGCAUCGACUCUCCUGCGAUGCAGAGUCGGAGGAAAGUUGCUAUUUCCGUCUGCUGCGAGACGUGUAUACCCUCCUUGGUGAGCAAGUGCAGUGCGUAUUUGUGUGUGUGUGUGUGUGUGUGUGUGUGUGUGUGUGUGUGUGUGUGUGUGUGUGUGUGUGUGUGUGUGUCCGUGCGCGGGAGCUACUGCGACCAGAACGUGACAUUGCCAACCCUGCCCCUUUGCAAUUUAGUCCUGCUGCAGACUGCGAUUAUGCGCUUGACAUCCGGUCUGCAUUGGCGUAUCUUCUCAACCAUGAGGUGCCUGGCCAUGGUCUCCUGACCGGGGCGAAAUUUGUUCACUUUCGCGCAUUCCUCAGCGCUGUAUCCAUGACUGUGAAUACGGGAGUUUUACAACCUCACCUGGACGGCCUUGUUGGGUACUUAUGGACCAAGGACAGCGUGGACUUGCGCAAAGUCUCCCAUGGCUUCAAGGGCCAGCCCAUUGAAUGGUACCAUUGCCGCGGCAGUAGCCCUCAAUAUCGCGGCGCACCGGCCGCAACAGACCUCAUGGACAGCAUUCGCAACUACAUCAUCAACUUUUUUGGGUGUCGCAAUUGCGCCGAACACUUUGCACACCUCUCGCUAACGGCCAAGACAGACAUUCUCAUUGACAACGAGGGCCCGUACGCUGUUGCUCUGUGGCUGCACCGAGCGCACAACAAGGUCAACGCGCGCCUCGCUGGGUGA